AUGACAGAAAAAGGCUCGCAGUCGGAGGAGCUCUCCCUCCAGGAUGUCCAGGCGCAGGUUGAUGGGCUCAAAAACGACAUGAAGACGAUGCACGAGAGAUUUGAUUCUACGAUCACUUCGUCGAAUGCGCGUUUUGAUCAGCUCGACCUCGCUGAUACAGCUGCCCACACCACGCUCGAGUCGAUCACGACUCGUCUUGAGGCCAUGACGACACAGCUUCGGACCAUGUCGACACAGCUCACGGAGUUGCAAAAUGCACGUGACUACGGCGCCGACACCGAGCUAGAUGAAGACAAUCGUCGUGGUCGUGCUCGUAGGGUACGUGUUCCUAUUAAUGAUUCUUUUGCCAAAAUAAAAUUUAAGAUUCCUACUUUUACUGGCAAAUAUGAUCCGGCUGCUUAUCUUGAUUGGGAAUUAGAAGUUGAACAAAAAUUUGCCUGCCAUGAUAUUCCUGCUAAUUUACAAGUUAAGGCUGCUAUUAGUGAAUUUACUGAAUUUGCUUUAAUUUGGUGGCGUGAGUAUAGACAAAAAUAUCCUGAUAAUAUUCCAGCCACUUGGACGGCAUUAAAAGCUGCUAUGCGUCAUCGUUUUGUGCCGUCAUAUUUUGCUAGAGAUUUGCUUAAUCAAAUGCAGCGUUUUCAACAAGGUUCGCUUUCCGUAGAGGAUUAUUAUCAAGCUUUGCAAAAGGGUAUGAUUCGCUGUGGUUUAGUUGAACAGGAUGAUGCUGCUAUGGCUCGUUUUAGAGGUGGUUUAAACCGUGAAAUUCAGGACAUUCUUGAUUAUAAGGAUUAUGAUGACAUGACCACCUUAUUUGAAUAUGCUUGUAAAGCUGAACGCGAAGUGCAAGGACGGCGAUCUUCGACACGCACUAAUCAUUUUGCAGGUUCGAGCAAGGCUCCUACACCAGCCCCACGGUCGACGCCCCCUACUUCCUCUUCCACCCCGCGCGAGUCGACCUCUUCAUCGACCGCACCUUCGCACGACUCGUCGGCCAAGCCGACCGCGCCUCCGGCCAAGCCCGCGCCGUCAUCUGGACGUGCUCGCGAUAUUCAGUGUCAUCGUUGCAAAGGGUUUGGUCAUGUAAUUCGAGAUUGCCCCAACAAACGGACCAUGCUGAUUCGUGACGACGGUGAGUAUUCUUCCGCUAGUGAUUCUGAGGAUGUUCAACAUUCUAUGCUUGCUACUGACCAUGCAGAUAAUACGGAGCUUCAUGUCGACUCUAGUGCCGCCGACAGGUAUGCAAAUCUUGUUGUGCAGCGUGUUCUUAGUACACAGGUCGUUCAGGACGAAAAGAAUCAGCGCCACAACAUUUUUCAUAUCAAAGGCGUCGUGCAAGAACGAGCGGUCCGUAUAAUCAUCGAUGGUGGCAGUUGCAACAAUUUGGCUAGUACGACCUUGGUGGAGCAGUUGUCAUUGCCAACAAGGAAGCAUCCACAUCCUUAUCAUGUUCAGUGGCUUAAUGAUGGCGGCAAAAUAAAGGGUCAGACAAUUGUUAUUCAUCCUAUGACACCUGAACAAGUUCUAAAAGAUGAUAUUGCUAGAGCGGCAAAAGCUGCAAAAUUGAUUAAAUCACCUCCUGUUGCACCUGUUCAACCUGAGAUUAAAUUGCAUAACCCUAUCUUGCUUGCUACACGUGCUGAUUUUGAUGAAUUACAUGAUGCUAAUUUGCCUUGUUAUGCGCUCGUUUGCUCUCGUAUGCUUGUUUCACUAGAUGAGGCGCCUACAUUGCAUAUUCCUCCUGCUGUUGCUAACCUUUUGCAGGAAUAUAAAGAUGUCUUUCCCGCUGAAUUGCCACCGGGUCUUCCUCCUAUUCGUGGCAUAGAACAUCAAAUUGAUUUAAUUCCAGGCGCACAGCUUCCUAAUCGCGCUCCGUACCGCACAAAUCCUGAAGAGACGAAAGAAAUUCAGCGUCAAGUCCAAGCGUUGCUUGACAAAGGUUACAUUCUUCUUAGGCCUUUCAUUGGAAUAUUUGUUGUUGUUUAUUUUGAUGAUAUUCUUAUAUACAGCAAAUCCAUGAAUGAGCAUUUAGAUCAUUUGCGUGCUGUUUUUGAUGCUUUGCGUGCUACUCACUUGUUUGGUAACAUGGAAAAAUGCACUUUUUGCACGCAACGUGUUUCGUUUCUUGGCUAUGUUGUCACUUCACAGGGAAUUGAGGUAGAUGGCAGCAAGGUGGACGCCAUUCAAAGUUGGCCUCAACCGACGACGGUUACACAGGAGGUGCUUGCUGGAGUCAGGAUUCAGGUGGAGCCCAUGAGAGACACUAAUGCAUCCGAACUAGCCACCCGGGUGACCAUGCUAGCCGAGGCCUACGGAGGGCUCCAAGGGAAGGUGUCCGAGCACAUCUUGAAUCAGGCCGGUGUAGAAGCUGGUCCUGUUGCUCCAUUAAUUCUUGCUUACACAGCUGGUGCAAUCUUCUUUUCUUUGUAUGGGACAAGCCUGAGGGACACCAUCUCGGCUAUAGCCUCCGUGGUGCUGUCCAUCGUGGAUGAAAAUGAGGAAAUUGCAUGA